GCAGGAGGGAGGGAGGGAGAAGGAGAGUUGAGUUGUGUCCCAUAUGUGAAGAAAAAAGAAGCCCAGCAGUGAACACAAGGUCAACUCACUCUGCUCUCUGCUCCACAGGAUUAUCUAACUGCUGCGUUCAGAUCUGAUAGAAAGAGGACAUGCAGGCAUGAAUAGGGUUAGGGUGUUGUAGUGUAUUAGUACUGGCAGCCCCUAACAGUGAUGGACUACAGCCAGACAGAUGCUAACCUGGACCUGGCUGGUUCCUGGACUACUCUCACAGAACUACUCUCCACCUAACUGAGACCAGCUCCACAGAAUGCUGAGUCCCAUUACCCCUUAUAGCCUGUAUAAGAUGCACUGGAACCCGGAGCAUGCCCAGUCCCUCAGCCAGUGGCCUGAGCAGCACCUGGAUGUGUCCUCCACCACCUCCUCACCGGCCCACAAGUCUGAGCUUUACGCUGCUGGCCGCACCCACGGCCGAGGAGGCUCCGCCCACAGCUAUGCCUGGGCCAAUGACGACAUCUCGGCCCUCACCGCCUCCAACCUGCUGAAGAGCUAUGCAGAGAAGUAUUGUGAUGUUCUAGACUCGCCAUACGACCGUCCACCGGGGCCCGCUGUAGGGGCCUACCCAGAGCCAGGGACCUUCGGGGGCCUCAAUGGCCUCAAGACUGAGCUGGAACCCUGGCCCCUGAGCCACCGCGUGGAGGGGCUCUACCCCGGGUCCCUGGAUGGUCUGUCGGGCCCCAAGGCCGGGGCCACAUCAGCAGGGCCCCCAGGGGCCAGCAAUAUGUCGGGGGUCAACAGUAACCUCUCAGACUCUGGUUAUAGUGGUAGCAGCUCCUGCUCUGGCUCUCACUCCGGUGACUACAACCGCCCCAGCUACAACGAUACCUACCUCUCGUCUGGCUACUGCCCCCAGCCCCCCUCAGCACUUCCCCCCGCCUCCCUCCACCACCCCCCCCAGCCCACACCCACCCUGGUGCCCAGCUACUCCCUCUCCACCCCGGUCUACAACUACACCCCCACCAGCUACCCCCACCAGCCCAGCCUGGGCCCCACCUACAGCCACCCCUCUGCGGGGUACUUACCCCCGGGGCUGGCCACCCCCACUCCUCUCCCCUCCCGGCCUACCGUGGUUGGGGGUAGAUACGGCUACCAGGAGUCCGGAGGUGGGUUGAAGAGGAAGGCGUUUGAGAUGUCAUUGGACGAGGAGGAGGAUGGCUCUAGAUACAGGAAGUAUACAGGCUACGACCCAGUGAAGCCCAGAGGAGGGGACUCUCUCUCUCCCUACAGAGUGGGAGAUAAAGAAAACAGUGGCUUCACCACGGGCAGCACAGAUCCCCAGGCCUUCAAGCCCAGUAAACCCUCCUCCCAGCCCCUCGUGUCCCCUCCGUACAGGGUGGCUGUAGCAGGGGAGUACAGCCCACCAGCAGGGAUGACUGGGGAGAACGUAGGAGGAGGAGGGGAGUCAGAGAACCAGGGCUUCUCCCAGCAGCACCACUCCUCCCUGGCCCACAACCAUAAAAGCCCCUCCCUGCAUGGCCAGGGCCAGCCUUGGUCUGGACCAGGGGAGUCGGGCAGCCUGAAGAGCCCAGACCCCAGGCUUCUGGAUCUAGUCAACGGAGAGGUGCUGGACUGUAGCCCGGCCCUGCUAUGGGGGGACCUGGUUGGGCUGACCCACGUCAAGGCUGCCCUGGAGGAGGAGCUGCUGUGGCCCUGUCUUAGGCCCAGCCCCGCUGUCCGCCCCCCAGCCACCAUUCUGUUAUUCGGCCCCCAGGGAGGCGGGAAGACCACCCUGGCACGCUCCAUGGCCUCCCAGCUUGGGGCCUCCUUCUAUAGGCUCAGCGGGGCCAUGUUAGCCUCUAAAGGCAAGGCAGAGGCUGAGGGGAUCCUGGGGGCCACACUGCAGGUGGCGGGGGCGAGGCAGCUCUCCGUGGUGCUGCUCAGUGAGGUGGAAGCUAUGGAGGAGGAGGGGCUGAAGCAGGUGUUGCUAUCUGCCCUGGAGAAGACCCAGAUGGAGUUAGGGUCGGCGGGAGGAGCCCCUGGGCUGGUGAUCAUGGUGUGUGCCACCGGCAGGCCAGACCUGCUCCAGGAUGCUGUGCAUCGGAGCUUCGCCAAGAGCUACCACGUGGGCCUGCCUGACGCUUUUUACACAAAGCUGAGUUGAGCGCAACAUGCAUCUCGAGUUAGUUAGGAUUCCAUCCAAAGAUCCUGAUUAUUCGUGAUCCAGGACAUAAAUCAGUAAUGUGUUGUCAAGGUGAUGUCAUCCAAGGUGAUGGAUAAUCAGGGUCCUGUUCAUGAGGCACCAAACGAAAGAAAACAUACAGAAACAGGGAAGGAACCACCUGGAUUUGUUUAAUAAGAAACACUUAUUUUCGAUUUCCAUUGCAAAACAGACUGAAACGGGGCAGAACUACCUGGACUCGUCCAACAAAGAAUGCACAUUUUUGUUUUCCGUUGCAAAACUUUUAAAAAUGUUUGCCCUAAUGAACAGGACCCAGGGUUGAUUUGGGAGAUCCCCCCAUUGACUGACUGCUACUCUCAGGACCUUAUUUAUUACCAGUCCACUCCUGUGGUGUUUUAGAUUUAAUUACCUUAUUUUGCAUAAUUAUUGGUCAUUUGGUGUGUGAAAAGGGCAUAGGCUCUAUUUGAACAACUAUAUCUUUUUUUUAACCAAACAUCAUCAACAGUACCUCAUCAUGUCUUAUCAUUAUGGGUUAUUAACUUAAAACAUAGCUUCUCACCAAAAUCAUGACAUCAUGACAAUUACUGUAAGCUAACUUUUAUAAAAACGUUGAAAUGGAACAUAUUGGUCAUGAGACUGGGUUGUAGUUGAUUAUAAACUGGGUGGUUCGAGCCCUGAAUGCUGAUUGACUGAAAGCGUGAGACUGUAUACCACGGGU